AUGUCAUCCUAUGUUGAUAAUGGUUCAUCAACCCGACCACCUAUGUUUGUCAAAGAUGAUUUCAGUGGGUGGAAGGGUCGUAUGUCCUUGUUCCUUGAAUCCAUUGACCAAAAUAUGCCUGAUAUCUUGACUGAUGGUCCUUAUGUACCUACACAGACUCUUGUUGUAGAUGUAGUGGUAAGAGAUGGUCAUCCAACCAUUCCUGCCACAGUCAAAACCAUAGUCAAAGAUAGGGCAGAUUGGGAGGAUGAGGAUAGGAGACUUGCAAACUUGGAUGUGAGGGCACGUAACUUCGUUGUCCAAGCUAUGCCAAAGAAUAUUUAUCAUUCUGUUAAAAUGUGUUCUACUGCUAAAAAAAUGUGGGGUACUUUGACUGUCAUGUUUGAAGGAUGCUCUACCUCUAUGGAAUCAACCAUUACCACCUUAACAAGGAGGUAUGAAAGAUUCUUCUCUUUGAGGAAUAAGUCCUUAACAGACACUCAUAACCGUUUUAAUGCUUUGGUUAAUGAUCUAGCUGCUAUAGGUAUUGAAAAGAAAAAUGAAGUUUUAAAAAGCAAGUUUUUAGAUUCAUUACCACCAAAGUGGAACAAUUAUAUUUCUUCUGUGAAGCUAAGUUUAGUGUAUCAUGAUCUUGAUCUCCCUGGACUUUUUGGUUUACUCCAUAACCAAGAAUGUUUAGAGGCUGAAAAGUUGAUUGCUAUGGGUGAUUCUUAUAGUCAGCCUUCUACUGCACUUGUUGCAUCCAUGACUGAACACCCUAGCUCAAUAUCUAAUGAGAUCAUUCCCUGUGUCAAUGAAUCUUGUUCUGUGAUUUCUAACAUUGAAUUCGUUUGUUCUGAAUCUGAGUGUGAAGAAUCUGAUGGUGAUGAGUUAGCCAAUGAAGUGGCUAUGUUGGCUGAUAGGAUAAGAAGGAGAUCCUUUGGAAAGUUCAAAGGAAAAGGUAAAAGUGGACAAGCUGAUAAGACCAAGAAGCCUUUUGAUAUGUCCAAAGUCACUUACUACAAGUGUGGUAAGACCGGACAUAUGGCUGGUGAUUGUAGAUCUAAGGAGUCUGGUCAAGCUGUGUCAGCCAAAGGUGGAAGAGAGCUGAGUAAUAAAGUUGAGAAAGAUGAAAAGAGUCUGAUUGCCAGAGACUGGGCUGAGAGUGCUACAUCUUUAGAAGAUGAAGAAUACUCAAAUGAGAAGUGUCUUAUGGCUAAAGAGAAGUUUGCUGAAGACCUUGUGAAAUUGCAAGAGCAAUCUGAGUCAGCUCAUAAAGCUUCUACAAGUCAGACUGCUCCACCUGAGGUAACUAUCUUUUCAAAUCUGUGUGAUGAAGAUAAGCUGACAAGGUUGAAUAGGCUUGGUGAUGAGGUCCUUUUACAAAAACAUUUUAAUCAAGAACAUAAGAAAGAAAUUUCUAUGUUAAAAGAAGAAUUGAGUUUAAAGAAUUUCACCAUUGAAAAGUUAGAGUCUGAAAUUAAAAAUAAAAAACAACUGAAUUCAAUCUUGGUAACUGAAGCUAAAGUUUCUGAAGAAAAGUUUUUGAAAAUCAAACACAUAACUGAGUCAUGGUGUACAAAUUCUAAAAGAGCUGCAAAAUGUGUCAAUGUUCAAGUUCCUCAUCAAGUGCAAGCUGUGUUUGAUGGUGACUAUGAUAGAGCUAUUGCUAUCAGUGAAGUCUGUGCCAUGGAACCUUGUUAUCAGCCUCCUUCUCCUCCUAAGGUUCAAACCAAAGGAAAGAGUUAUCAACCAAUCAAAUUGGUUCAGAAGUCUGGUAUUGGUUUUAAAGAUCCUGAUGUUAUUGGUCAAACCAUUGCGGAAGCUGUGUCUGAAUCAGAUAGGGGUAAUUGA